CACACUGCUACCGCUUGCCCCACCACUGCAAUCCAAUACCCCUCUAAAAUUCACAUAAUACCCCUCAAAUGUCUACCAUUUCUCACACCACAAACCAACCGUUUUUGUAAAUGAAUGAGCGAAAUCUACUUGCUUUACUGGCACUGCCUGACUGCUUGUAUCUACACCAGUCGUUGACUAUGCCGUUGAGUACAGCCAACCAGCCAGUCAAAGCAGUCGGAACGUCAAUUUGUUGGGCUGUACGGUGCGACAGACGGUCGGCGAGACCGCCAGUUAGGCAGUCAGCCAGCCGAUUCGCCAUUUCGUUUUGGCACUGGUGCUUUGCCCUGCAAUCGCCUUUACCACGAGUUGAAUUGAGUUGAAAUGUAUCGAAAUCAGUCAGCAGCGUUACAAAUGUACGCAUCCAUACAUACAUCUAUGUAGGUUUGUUUGUCGUAUUCGUUAGUUCACCGGCUUGCUGGUUCGUUAGCUCGUUCGUAUGGCAGCCAUAUUAAAAGCAGCCAAAGGCAGGCAGCUAUAUCGCACAAGCAUGUCAGCUAUACUUUUGCUUUGCCGGUGCUGUUGUUGCAGCUGCCACUACUACUAACGGCGCUGCUGCUCUUGUUGAUGGCCUCUACAUGUAAAUAUGUUUAGUAUGGUAUGUCACUUCUCCGCUAUAGUCGCUCGUCAUCAGCGCGUACAUGUAUGUAUGUAUGCAUAACUGUAUGCAUAUGAAAGUGUGUAUGCGCUGUAUCUGCUGCCUGCCCGUACGCCUAGUUGCGACUGUGUACAUACAGACAUACAGGCAUAUGCACGAGUAUCUGCUGGCGUGUGUAGUGGUUGCUUUUUGACUCGACUCUACUCAACUGUGUAUUGCUGUGUAGCUGCUUGUUCUUGCUGCCGCAGUACACAAGGCACGCAGGCAGCCCAAGUGUAUGUACCUAUGCAGAAUCGUUUGAUGUCGUCGACAACGACAACGGCCAAGGCAGCAGGGCAAUCAGCAGCAAUCAGAGUAGUAGCAAUAGCCGCAGUAGCAGCAGUGUAUAAAAUUUUCUUCGGUGUUCAUAUAAACCAAGCACAGCACAGCUAACGCCAAAGCAAAGCAAACCAAAGUAUUUUGUAUUUCAUACUGUAUUCGUUACUGCUUCGUCGUUCUGUGUGAGAAUCGACUCGACGACUCAGCUAACAAGCAAGCCAGAGCCAUACAGCGCCAUAAAGUGAUAAUAGCGUCGAAGUAGCAACGUACGCCAGCCAGCCAGCCAUAUAGCCAGCUACCGAAGCAACGACGAAGAAAUCAACCACUGUGGUGGCCUGCAUAUACUCGCUGUGUUCAAGUGUAUUUCCUACUACUGCUGUAUUACUGGCGCUGCUGCUGCUGCUACGUUUUCAUAUCGCCAGUACAAGGCAGUACGAAAGUCUCCUAAGCCACCGUGGGCACAGUACGUUUUGUCGUUUUGAUCUCAACGCUAGGCGAAUACACGCAGUGCUUCAAUUGAAAUUGCAAAUUUGCCGAUUAGCUGUGCUAAUAAAUUCUACUAAGAGUUUCCAAUUUUAACAAUCCCAACAAAUCUUCAAAAUAUGGCCGGUGAACGUCCAAAGCGUCCUCUGUCAGCUUAUAUGCUGUGGCUGAAUGAGAAUCGUGAGCAGAUCAAGAAAGACAAUCCCGGCAGCAAAGUCACAGAUAUCGCCAAACGUGGUGGUGAAUUAUGGCGUGGAAUGAAAGACAAAUCUGAAUGGGAACAGAAAGCCAUGAAAAUGAAGGAAGAGUACAAUAAGGCCGUCAAAGAGUAUGAGGCCAAUGGUGGCACAGACACCGGUGCUGCCAAAAAGCGGAAAGGCAAGCCCGCCGCGAAGCCCAUCAAGAAGACAAAGAAGAAAGAUACAUCCGAUGAAGAAGAAGAAGAUGAGAGUGACUAAGCGCUGGAGCGCUUAAGAGUUACUGACGUUGUAGCGAAGUGACGAAAACUUAAUCAAUAAGUUUUAAAUAUUUUAUUAAAGUAAUUUUAAGUGGCAUAUAGAAACUGUAUGUAUACAUAUUUACGGAUGACAUUGAUGGGUAACUUUAUUUAUACAUACAUACAAAUAUAUGCACUCAACAAAACAAAAACAAAAAAGAAAAUACAAAAAAAAAAAUACAAAACAAGAAAAAAACAUUAUUACUUAAAAUAAAAUAGCCGUAAAAUGAAUAUAACAAAUACAUAAUAUAAAAUUUCCAGUUUUUAAAACGUUACAAAUAUAACAACCGCAUAAGAGGAAAACAAAUAGCAAAACAUUUCUCUAAAUGUAUUCCUUCCAACUGAUUUAAUUUUCUUAAGAACGUGUUUUUGAUUUUCCUUUAAAUGAUUUCCUAUAUAUUUUUUUAGUAUCAUAUACUUUAAUUUUAUAUUGUAAAAUAUAAAUUAAUUAUAUAUUGGGUAUUCAUGCGAUUUUUCUUGCAUGUGCAUAUAUAUAGUAAAAACUUGACAUGUUUAUAUUUAUAUUUUAAAAAUAUAAAUUUUCUUAUCUACUGCUAACUGUAUACUACAAUGUUCGCUGUUUUCUGACUAAAUAUUUUUCUAUCUAGUUAAUAUUUAAAAGAAAUUUUUUC